AUGAUCGCCGCCGCCGAGAAGGAGGUCCUCGGCUUCCGCCUCGAGAACGAGAACAUGAGGGGCGCCCUCACCGCAAGAGGAUUCGCGGUACCUCCUGAAGGCGCAAAGGGCGAGAGCGUCGUCGUCAGCGAAGUGCGGAUCUGCGGGUCGCAGGAGCCCGUGGCGGUGCCGGAAGAAGUGUCGAUGGCGCCGGCGGUGGUCCAGCAGCAACAGCAGCAGCAGCAAUUACCUGCCGCCCCGGCACAACGACAACUUUCCCAGCAGUCAGAGGACCAACAAGCACAGUACUCGGCGGCUGCUCCCCCGGGCGAAGAAUCCCAGGUGGUGGCAUAUCAACCUCAGACGCUGGACUACGACCCGUACCCGCCGGUCGACCUCUUUGCGGACGUCAACAUGGGCGAGGUCACAGUCACGAUGCGCAAGGACGACGCCCUCGGCACGCCGUGCUUCCAGAUCUCGUCGCCGUCGGCCGCGAUCACAUAUACCCAGUCCCAGCCGCCGUCAGCAGAUCAGCUGUCUGCGGAACAGGAGCUCAUUGCCAUCAACCUCAUUCUCGCCAUGGAACACAUCUGCUGGAACCACUUCCACCCCCGCCAAUUCCCAGCCCACGGCGACACCUGCAAGGCCGCCUCGGGCCACACAAUGAUGGCCUCGACCCUCUGCAUGUCCUCCGCCCCCGCCCGCGUCUACCGCACCAUCCGCCGCGGCGAGGCCUCCGCCGUCUCGCACACAUGGCAAGCCGACACCGGCGCGGGAUCCUCUCUAUCUCUGAAGUCCCUGCUGGCCCUCGCCAAGACGCUGAACCCGGGCGACAUCGAGCUCACACCCGUGCAGGCGUGGUUCGAGCUCGCGGCGCGGUACGGGGCCGCGGCGCUGAUGCGCGGAAACGUGAUUGAGGCGCUCAAGAGGGAGUUUAGCGGGGUGGUGGAUUGUAUUCACUUUGGGGCCAUCAUUGAGCGGGAUGCGUUUGAGAGUGUGGUGGCGAGGGUUAUGGAGCGGGUGGGCGUUCCGGAGCUGGAGUGGGAGAUGGAUGUUGACGAGGGGGCUGGUGUGCAUGCUGGGGGUAUGGUGUAUGGUGCGCAGCAGAUUACGGCUUGA